AUGUCCUCACAAAUGCCACUCCGGAGCAUACGGAUACCGGCGCUGCAACGACAAUGUCUCUUCCUCCGCCACCAAACCCUCCUGCACGCCGCCCAACCCACCAUAACCCACCCAUCCUCCCGCCGCGCCUUCUCCAGCACCCCGUCACACCCAGCAAAGCACAGACAACUCGGACAAGAUAAAGCGCAAGCCAUAGCUGCAGCCCGAUCCCAAAUUUCGCCCUCACCAAAUGUCAACUUUGAGCAAGCGCAAACCAACACAGAUGCCAUGGCGGAGGACAUUGGUCUGCUGCAAAAUACUAUCGUGAGGGCGCCAUUCUUGGACGUGUACAAUGAAUCGCCCGGCCUCGGAGGGGUCCUGAGAUAUUACUGGGAGAUUGUCAAGCAAAAGGCAACAGGUCUCUACUCACGAUACUACUACCGCGAUUGCAUCCAGAAGUCCGGCUGGACAAAAUAUCUACCCGUCGACCUCUUCCAUAACACACAAUACAAAGUCCUAGCCAAGAGAUACUACCAGCACAUCUACAGAAGCUUCGCCUCAGGCAACGUAACGCCCCUCAAGCAAGUAUGCCUACCACCCCUCGUAAAGAAACUUAAGCAACGAAUCGCCGCCCGCGGCAAGACGACCCUGAAAUGGAACCUGCACGAAUUCAAAUCCGCGCGCGUAAUGAGCCACCGCGCGUCGCCCUUGGGCGAGCAGACACCAGACACAGCGUACAGACAAGUCGUUGUACGCCUCGUAUCCGUUCAAUCCGUCGAACGGUCUACGCCGACAUCGCCCAAAAUUUCCAAGUCUCCCAUAUCUGCUGCUCGGCUACCCUGGGUCCCAGAUGCUGCGCGCCAACGAGCGGAAAAGGCACGUCAACAGAGGCAAAAAUCCGAGGAUGAAGUGGAGACGGAGAAGCCGGUCGCCAAGAGCGACGAGGCGUUUAUCGAUAAUGGAGUUAAGAAGACUGUAGUCGAGUAUCUGGUGUUGCAGAAGAGAGUCAUCAAGGGUACGGAGGAGGACUGGAAGGUCUGGGGCUUCACCGAGGCGUCCACGCCGAGUGUGCUUGCGAGAGAAGAGCUGUAUUGGUCGCAGAUGCUGAACGUACAGGCUGGUGGUGCUGUAUAG